UGAAUAAAUGUGCAAUGCACUUUCCGAACUGUGAAAGGCAGCAAUAUGCAACAAUGUGUCUAGUCUGUUGGAAAACCACAGGAAGAAGAAAAAGACAGGAGCAGAGAGGAAGCAGCGAAGCCAACAUUUUGGCCAGGGACCAGUACUAAAGUGAAUUCAAACAAUCCAAUCAGAGAACCAUACAUGCAAAUCUUUACUGCUCAUCCCGCCCGUAUUUUAUAACCGACCAAUCAGAGAUGGAGUGGGCGGAGUCAGGGAUACCAGCGGAGGAUUCAAACGGAAGAUGGCAGCGGAUAAAGAUUCCAAUAAAAAUACACAAAACAGAAGGGGUACGGUGUGCAACGUGGUGAUCAGCCAGGAUGCAGGGGGAUCUUGGGGCGGCAGUGGGGUUGGUGGUCGCCCGCCCGUCAUCUUCAACCCAGACUUCUUUGUGGAGAAGCUACGUCACGAGAGACCUGAGGGGUUUCAAGAGCUGGUGCUUAGCAACAUCAGCCGCCUCAUCGACCUUCCCGGUGCUGAGUUCUCUCUGCUGUUAGGGGACGAGGGAGGGCCCAAGACACCCACAACGGCCGGAGGGGGAUUCUUCCGCUCCUUCAACUUCCUCAAACGUAAAGAUAAGGAAGUGGUGUUCGGGACUCCUCUGACCGAGGGAGGCAUCGCCCAGAUUUACCAGCUCAUCGAAUACCUCAGCAAGAACCUGCAGGUAGAGGGUCUGUUCAGGGUGCCAGGUAACAGUGUGCGGCAGCAGGCCCUGAAGGAGCAGCUGAACAGCGGCGCAGACAUCGACCUGGAGGCAGGGGGCUUCCACCCCAACGACGUGGCCACCCUCCUCAAGACCUUCCUGGGAGAGCUACCUGAACCCCUCCUCACGCACCAACACUUCCACGCUCACCUCAAAAUAGCAGACAUGACUCUGUUUGAUGAGAAAGGCAACAAGACGUCAGUACCUGAUAAGGAGCGUCAGAUUGAGGCCUUACAGCUCCUCUUCCUGCUGCUGCCCCAGGCCAACCGCAGCCUCCUCAAACUGAUCCUGGACCUGCUCUACCACACCGCCAAGCAGCAGGACAAGAACAAAAUGUCCGCCUUGAACCUCGCCCUCAUGUUUGCCCCCCACGUCGUGUGGCCCAGAGAUAUGGUGGCCAGUGACCUCCAGGAGAAUCUGAAGAAGCUAAACAACGGCAUGGCCUUCCUCAUCAAACACUCCCAGAAACUAUUCAGGGCUCCUAUGUACAUGAGGGAGCAUGCCAGAAUGCACUUCACAGGAUCUAAGACUCUGCAGACCAAGGAUGAUAUAGACCUGUUAUCUGUGGCUGGUUUCCCUGCCCCUGUUCCCUUAAAGAGGUGUUGGGCUGACCCGUCUCAGUACCUGUCCCCCUCCUCGUCGUCCCAGGGCCAGCAGCACCACACAGAGGAGUCCCUGAAGGAGCUGUUCAGACACGUCCAUGACAACAUGCCCAACUCUGCCAAGAAGAAGAAACUCCUACGACAGCUUGCUAAACAGACCACCCCCGGCCUGGCCCCAGGGACACCCAUCAACAACUAUCAGACCCCCCCGGCCCAGAGCAAGAAACACACCCGCUCCCGCUCCUUCGGUGGAUUCAUCAAGAGGAAACAUAAGGGGGACCAACAGGCGUUGGAGAGGAGGGGCAGACACAUCUCCCCGGAGAUGGUUGCUGCGGCGAUGGGACGGCUGGGAAAGGAGAACGUUGUCCUGCAGUCGGUGAACAGUCCGGUGACAGUGAAUAAUAAGACUCCAGUUAGGGUCAAGGCCUCUGAUAGCAUGGCCCUCAAUAGAGAUAGGGGACUCAAACUAUCAAAGGACUCUCCAUCCAUCUCCAGAAUGUGUUUCUCUCCCUCCCUAGAAACGUCGAUGUAGAGGAUUGGUACUAGCAACACUGGACUUGUUUUUUUCUUUUUUUUAACACAAGGAAACUAUAUUGUAACUUUGUAAAUCCGUGACGAAUACAACAUUAGUCCCCAGACAGACAUGGGUUGCAUCCCAAUAAUCUCUUCUUCCUCCUGAAGUGUGCACUUGUUCACUUCCCUCAAUGGGUUUGAAAAGAAAUGACUGGAAAACCUAUAUGGAAACUCCUUCUAGCCCAUGCCUACACAAUCCAAGACUUUUCCAUUUUGUGGGGAGUAGUGAAUGAGUGCACACUUCAGGGGGAGAGAUUAUUGGGACGUAACCCAGGAAAGUACAAGACCAACUCAGUGUGGAGGCAGGGACAGAAGGUAGCUUUCUUUGGUUUGUUGGGGUCUGAGUGCCACUCAUAACUUGAAACAGGUUUGUUAGACACUUUCACUGUUGUUCACUAGCUGAGCCUACAUAGAUACUUUUACAGUUGACCACUAGCUGAGCCUACAUAGAUACUUUUACAGUUGACCAAUAGCUAAGCCUACAUAGAUACUUUUACAGUUGACCAAUAGCUAAGCCUACAUAGAUACUUUUACAGUUGACCAAUAGCUAAGCCUACAUAGAUACUUUUACAGAUGACCGCUAGCUGAGCCUACAUAGAUACUUUUACAGGUGACCGCUAGCUGAGCCUACAUAGAUACUUUUACAGUUGACCAAUAGCUAAGCCUACAUAGAUACUUUUACAGAUGACCGCUAGCUGAGCCUACAUAGAUACUUUUACAGGUGACCACUAGCUGAGCCUACAUAGAUACUUUUACAGGUGACCGCUAGCUGAGCCUACAUAGAGACUUUUACAGGUGACCGCUAGCUGAGCCUACAUAGAGACUUUUACAGGUGACCGCUAGCUGAGCCUACAUAGAUACUUUUACAGGUGACCGCUAGCUGGGCCUACAUAGAUACUUUUACAGGUGACCGCUAGCUGAGCGUACAUAGAUACUUUUACAGGUGACCGCUAGCUGAGCCUACAUAGAUACUUUUACAGGUGACCGCUAGCUGAGCGUACAUAGAUACUUUUACAGGUGACCGCUAGCUGAGCCUACAUAGAUACUUUUACAGGUGACCGCUAGCUGAGCCUACAUAGAUACUUUUACAGGUGACCGCUAGCUGAGCCUACAUAGAUACUUUUACAGGUGACCGCUAGCUGAGCCUACAUAGAUACUUUUACAGGUGACCGCUAGCUGAGCCUACAUAGAUACUUUUACAGGUGACCGCUAGCUGAGCCUACAUAGAUACUUUUACAGGUGACCGCUAGCUGAGCCUACAUAGAUACUUUUACAGGUGACCGCUAGCUGAGCCUAUAAUGUACUAUAUGUAAGUAUCUUGUUUGUUUUUUAAAAUCUUCUUCUGAAUCUGAUGCUACUCUGAUGCUACUACUCAUCUGAAAAUGUCCCGUUUAAUUUGACUAAUAUAAGUCCCAAUGGUUGCCCUACACACACAGCACACUGAUGGGAUGAUUAUAUCCCCCUACAAAAUGCUGAUUAGCACCAGGCACAGUCGUCUGGGGCCUGUUCCAAAAAGCUGGAUCAGUGAGUUGGCCAGCAAACUGGCUCAAAUUGCUUGAAAUUGUUUGUAAUGACUCAACAGAAACAACCAAUAUACAAAUGUAGAUUAUUUUAAUCAACCAGGAAACAUAAGGCAAAGGCUGUUAAUCAAAGUUAGCUGGCUGCUGUAUUAAGCCUGCCUUCUGGAAUACCCCACAGCUCUUAUGGUGUCUAAAGGCCAGUGGGUUUACUGAUACUGUCUGUUAGCUGAAAUGGCGCCCCCGUUCCAUAUAUAGUGCACUAUUGGCCAAAAGUAGUGCACUACACUUUAUAGUCGUGCAUGUGGUGGUGUUGGAGAGACACUGGCUCAGGGUUUUCUUUAAUCUAUAUCAUACAAAUACAGGUCAAUACAUAUUGGAUGAUGAUGAACAAAUACGAGCUGAACAAACCAGCCUUUCUGUAAUGGUAUUUGCGUUUGGGAGAGACGUAGGUAGGGCUUCACUUUGGGACGACUAUUUAAUUUUUAUUGUCUGAGAUUUGUGUAUUAACUGAUUGUACACAUUGUGGAGUUUAAUGUCAUAUUUCACUUGCCUGGUUUGGCCUUUGAGGUUUGAUAGUUAAAUGUGAUUAUAAUUUUAUAAAUUUUUGUUUUUAACUGGAAGUCAUGGGUUUUGGGUAGGUAUUGGUUGGGACGCUAACGUUGUUGAAAGAUUUUCUGGAAGUCUGAGAUGGUUUUUUCUUUGUUGGAGAGGGACAUUUGUAGUGACGGUGUCAAUAGAGGAUUCUCUUACAGUACCUUCAGUGUUGCCUGGUCUGAUACAAGUCGUCUUUAUUGAGCGUGGAUUGGGACAUUUGAUCUGGGUCAUGUUCAUUGGGAAUCAAAUAGAACAAGACGGAUUCAAACUGGGAGGGACUACCUGGACUUCACUUUCUGUUGCAGAACGUUUUGAAAAGUUUUUGUUGUGUACCCUAAUGGACAUGACGUUUGUUUUAAUGGGGCUGUUUUUAGAGGAAGUGUUAAUGGGGAAUGUGUGAGAAUGGGUUUGUGGUAAGUUUUAAAGAGAUGGGUGUGUGUUUUUAUACAUGAAAUGAAAGACACCAGAAGCUUGCUGCUGAGGUUAUCAAUAUGGCUUUGUUUUUUUACUCUUUAUUUGAUCUGUGCUGGUCAAGUAGCCUACAUAUUUUACAUGUUAUUCCACUGCUUUAAAGAUAACUUUUGUUAUCUUUUCUCUCUGUUACCUGAAGGUUUUCAGCCAAUCAAGGCCCAACACAUUAUUUUGAGUGUCAUUUUGAAAAGCUGAAGGGUCAUCUGGCCAUUAGUGGUUGAUACACACUGAGUCUUGCUGGAAACAGUUUUGCUAAUGUGCGACCAUCUUUGUGAUGUGAGUCAGUUCUAGAUUACAUGAUACAACAUGUGGGCAUUAUCUUUUACUCUCCCUUAUUAUUGUUGUGUUACAUGUGUGUCUUGUAUGUUGAAAGUCUUUGGUUUUGUCAGCCAGUGUUGACCAUGGUCAUAAAUGUUUACACAUCAACUGUACACUACUACUAGUUUUUCAGGUUAUUUUUGUUCAGUUUCAUUCUGCCCUGUUUAUCUGUGAAUAACAACAGCAUGGGAAUGUGUCCCAAAUGGCACCCUAUUCCCUAUAUAGUGUACUACUUUAGAACAGGGCCCUAUUCCCUAUAUAGUGCACUACUUUAGACCAGAACCCUAUUCCCUAUAUAGUGUACUACUUUUGAGCUGAGCUCUGUGCCCCGGUCAGAAGUAGUGCACUACAUAGGGGGCAAUUUGAGAUGCAGACAUGGAGUUACAUUACAGUAUACUAUGUUUAUUUUAGGAGACGUUAUCUCACAUUGCUGCCUAGAUUUACUACCAUGCAUCUUCCUCUGUUCAUAUACACCUGUUACCAGUGCCUUUUUAUUGUAAGGUCAUUUUAGCCUACCUUUACAUGUUUAGUUUUUGUUGUGUAAAAUGUUUUUUAACUCUGUCAAAUAGAUGCAUUGAUUUACUACUGAUGCUAUGGAUUAAAACAUAAUUUUUUUUA